AUGCCAACUCCGGACUACAACGUGGAGCUGGACCUGGGCGAGCCCCCUCCAGAACUCCAGGAGUAUGCGAGAAGGGAGUGUGGAGAGGACCCUAACACCAGAUUACAAGCAAUUCAUGAACUAAGGGAAAUGAUAUACGAACGCGGGGAGUGCACGCCGCAGCGGAUGGAUGACGCAUUCUUGAUAAGAUUCCUGCGAGCUCGCAAUUUCAUACCACAAAGAGCACACAGGCUGAUGGUCAAUUAUUACCGUUUCAAGGAUGAAAACCCGGAAUUGUUUGAAAAUGUUUAUCCACUUGACUUCAGAAACAUUGGCGACGCGAAUAUUAUAUCCGUCCCGCCAUACCGAGACCAGGACGGCAGACGGCUCUUGUUGUAUAGAAUUGGUUGUUGGAAUACAAAAACAAUAGCAGUGGAUGAUUUAUUAAAGGCUACAAUAUUUGCACUGGAGAUUGGUGUUAUGGAGAUUCGUACUCAGAUUUUGGGAGGAGUCGCCAUGUUUGACCUGGAAGAUAUUGGUAUACAGCACGCGUGGCAAGUCACACCUUCUCUUGCAUCUAAAAUCGUCAAGCUGUUAGUGACUAGCUUCCCCGCUAACACCCACGCCAUACACAUUAUAAACCAUUCCUGGGUCUUCGAUAAAAUGUACAACAUAUUCAAGCCGUUUUUGACAAGAGAUAUGCGAUCUAGAAUCUUCUUUCACGGAUAUGACGUCACAUCUCUUCACAAGCACAUCCGCCCAGAGUACUUACCAGAGAGGUAUGGUGGUGUCUGGCCAGAUUUUAACUAUACAGGUUGGCUGGAGUCUCUACGAAAUAACUACACCGUCGCCAAAGAAGUUAUAGGCUGCGGCUAUAAGUUUCGUGAAGAAGAAAUUGGUUCGGAGGUUGUUAGGCGACUUCGUGAGGAGAAAAUCCAGUUAUAUUAG